AAAGUGCUCUAAAUUGUGUUUAGGAAGUGCAGCCCCUGUUGAGAUUCAUCAAGAGUGGGAAAGAGCCCAAGUGGGAAGCAGCAUGGGUUGAGGGGCACAAAAGCAGGUCUGUUGACAAAGACUGGAAGUAAAGGGGACAUCAGGUUGAAGCUUUGUGCUGUGAGUCAGAAGAACAAUUUAAAAGUUGCCUAAAGAGGUGCACACAGUCUGUGCUGCUGCCGUCCAGCUGGAAGGGAACCUCAGUUCUUGCCUAUUGGCUGGAGCCCUUCACAGAAUGUCCCCCACCCCUACCAGUACCUGCUGCACUGCCCCUCCCCCUCUGCAGAAUGUCUGGGGUCCUAUGUUCUAAACCUAUUUACUUUCAAAUUUUCCCUGAUCCACCUGAACUCAGGAGAGUCUGUUGAGGCAGGUCACUCUCUGGGCCCUGCCCAUGACUUUUGUCAUUGUGGAAACUGUCAGACAGUGGUGAUCAGCAUCCAUCCUGAGGAAAUGGCUUCAAAUGGAGCAUACCCAGUGCUGGGACCCAGUGUGACAGAGAACCCAGGCACCUCCAUGCCUGUGUUCACGGCUCUGUCCUUUGCCACACUUCCUCCCGGCCCAGCACACGGGCCGCCCCUCGUGACUGUGGUGGUUCCUCCAGGUGGCCCUCCAGUGCUCUCUGCCUUCCCCAGGACCCCUAAGGUGGCAGGACAGGAUGGCCAGAAUUCGGCUGGGGCUUCCAACAUCCUUGUCCAGAUGAGGACAGAAGUGGGGCCUAUGAAGGCCCCUCAGGCACAGACCUUGGUCCUAACUCAGGCCCCCCUCAUCUGGCAGGCUCCAGGUGCUGUCGGUGAGGGCGUCGCAUGUCCACCUCCUCGACCCCUGGCAGCGGCCCCUGUGCUGCCGGCUAUGGCUGCCCAGGUCAUUGGGGGCACGCAGGCCUGCGAGGGAGGCUGGUCCCACGGCCUUCCUCCUCCAGCACCACUAGCGGCUCCCCAGCCAGCCCCCAUCGUGGCCCCAGGGAACGCUGGUCCAUGGCCACAAGGGGCUCAUGGAGAGGGCAGCCAGGCUCCCUACCAGGCCAAGGCUCCGCCAGAGGACUCCUGCAACUCCAAGAGCGUGUAUGAGAACUUCCGACUCUGGCAGCACUACAAGCCCCUGGCCCGGAGGCACCUUCCCCAGAGUCCGGACACGGAAGCGCUUUCCUGUUUCUUCAUCCCAGUUCUCAGAUCCCUGGCCCGGUGGAAGCCCCGCAUGACCCUGGAGGAGGGACUGUGGCGGGCCGUGCAGGAAUGGCAGCACACGAGCAACUUUGACCGGAUGAUCUACUAUGAGAUGGCGGGAAAGUUCCUGGAGUUUGAGGCUGAGGAGGAGAUGAAGAUUCAGAAGUCGCAGUGGAUGAAGGGGCCCCAGUGCCUGCCUCCUCCAGCCGUGCCGAGGCUUGAACCUCAAGGAACUCCGGCCCCUCAGGUGGCCAAUCAGCCUGUGUACCUUCCCAGCAAGGCCGGCCCCAAGGCCCUGCUUGCCUGCCUGCCAUCACCCAGGCCUCAGCGGCCAGCAGAAACCAAGGCCCACCUGCCACCACUCAGGCCCCAAGAGCCAGCGGAGACCAAGGCCCCCGAGGAGAUACCCCCUGAAGUGGUGCAGGAGUAUGUGGACAUCAUGGAGGAGCUGCUGGGGCCUCCCGAUGGGGCCACGGGGGAGCUCAAGGCACAGUGGGAAGAGGGCGAAGUGGAGCAGGAAGGGGACGGGAUGCUUCUAGACCCAGGCCUCCUGAGCUACAUUGACAAUCUGUGUUCCCAGAAAGACUUCGUCACCAAGGUGGAGGCCGUCAUUCACCCCCGAUUCCUGGAAGAAUUGCUUUCUCCAGAUCCACACAUGGAUUUCUUGGCCCUAAGCCAGGAGCUGGAGCAGGAGGAAGGACUCACCCUUGCCCAGGCUGCCCCUUCAGAUGCUCCAGGGACUGACAGAUGCUCAGGAAGCCCUGAUCCCUCCCACCACCCACUCACAAGGCCCCACCUGCUUCAGUUAUCAGCAUCCCUGGGAAAUCCUGGGAUGGAGAGAGCUGGCUGGCUCUUGUUCUGCCCGGUGGGAGCUGAGGAGAAGGCAGCUGCCUGCAACAUGGACACAGGGAGAGGCGGCCGCUCCUGCUUAACCCUCAUUAGGAAGAGCUCGGGCCCUGGGCUGAGGGGAGAUGUCGAGGUGUCCAUCCACACGGGUGUGUUUGGGGUACGACAGUGGGUGGGGAGCAGGGGAAGUCCCUCUGCCGGUUUCUGGGCAGGAAAGAGUCUUGUCCAAAUGGCAGAAGCAGAUGCUCCUUGCUGUGGCCAUGGGGACUGGCCUCAGGGGCCCUCGGGGUCCUGCAUGGAGCCCCCCACAGCUAUGACUCCCUUCCCAUAUGAUGACUGAACUCUUGUGUGGAAUUGAUGCAGACACAGAUUUACACUGGUAUCUGAAAAAGUUCCCUCCCAACCCACCAUCACCAAUGGGCACAAGCAUGGCCAGCCUGCCAGGCGCAGGGUGGGUGUGUCUGCUGGUCCCAGGGCCAGGGAGAGCUGGGACCCAGGCCUAGAGGGGCCGAGGGUGAGCCGCCCUUCUGCCAGGCACAGACCUCAAGGGCAGAGCAGGGGCUGCCUGGAUGUGGCACUGGCUGUCUGGGAAGUGCCCUGGGAGUCGGGGGCCUGGUGUUGGCUGAAGGGAGACUUCCGGAGUCUAAGAGUGAGAUGAGGACUGCACCAGGAGACGGACUGAGGCUGGGG